AUGAAGAUUGACGUAAGUCCAGUCCACAGCAAACGUGCGAAGGCAGCCUUCUCUUUGGACCUCAUCUUUCUUCUUGUCCUUAUACGUAUUGCGAAAAUGCCGUCAUCUGCACCAAAGAAGGUGUAUGCCAAAAUGAUAGACUACCUUAGUUAUAAUCCUGUACCAAUACCCUCUUAUAACUUAUCAGCGGACCCGAAUCACCUAGCCGAGGAAGGGGAAGACUUUUGA